AUGCGGGAGCUCAACCUCUUGACCGAAGAAGCGCGUAGCGAGAUUCAAAAGGAUGGCCGCACACUCUACCAAAUUCUAAAAGUCGAUCCCAACGACUCGGGAAGUCGGGUCAAGCAAGCAUACCGACAGCUGUGCCUCAAAUUGCACCCCGAUAAAACCAGCGAGGCCUCGGCCGAGCACGAGCCUGGGCCUACACCGUUCUCAAAGACCGUCAUUCACGCAACAUUUACGAUGAGUAUGUCCUACCUGCUGCCCCACUGGCUCAAGUGCUUCCAGAGCCCACAUGCCACAGCCGAGCUUUGUGGGACGCUGGGAAGGAUGGGCCUGGAGGGUCUGGCCCUUGCCUCGCGCAUCAACGCCGCUGAUGAUGCCGAUCAAAAGGAUAGUCAUCCCGUCAUCCAGUGCCUCUACUAUACCUUUGGGGCUUUGACGCUGUGCUACGGUUUUUGCUACUGUUGCUGCUUUUGCUGCCAUUGCUGCGGAGGUCGCUGCGAUGGCUUGGCCCACCGUGUCCUCGGCGACAAAUGGUUUGGCUUGUAUCGCCAGGCCGUGUCGGAAGCACGCUUGUCCGAGGUCAUGGAUGAUGGUGCGGCUCCCAACUAUGAAGCCAGUCACCGCGGCCCGCGACUCUCCUCCACAACAAGCGAUGCCUCCAACCCAUCCUCAAACAAGGCCGCCACCGCCAUGCCCAAGGUUGCAGGCCCCAUUGUGGAGCAGCCCGCUCACAUGUCCACCGAGAAUGCCACCAUCAUUUGACCUGUCAUGCUCCUAGAAGACGCGAUUGAACUGCUGUUGAUCCCUUUUUGCUUUUAGCGUUGCCAUUGUGUGUCUUUCGUUUCUCUCUUCCUUUGAAAUCUUAUUUUUUCCUUUUU